AUGAGGAAAUUGAAGAUGGUGAUGAUGAUUAUGAUGGUAACGCUCGUGUUAUCACUCUAUGGAGCAAUUGACGCGAAAAAAGAUGAAAAAACUCAAGGACCGAUCAAGAAGGCGAAGGGAUCGAAACCUACAAAAACUCCAAAGACUUCAAUUUUGGAGCAGUUCCGGAAUUUAUCGCCCGAGGACAAGGAAUUUUUGAAGGAAUUGGAUAAACAGUUUUCGUUGCACGGUGACAAGAUCAAGAUCAAGGUCGAACGUGAAAAUGUCACAAAAGGCGCGAAGGGGUCUAAUAAGAAACGGACAAUUGAUGGAGAGUUAGGGUACAGCUACAACCAAGACCAAUACGAGCAUGGAUAUUAUUUCUCAAACCCUGCCCAAUCUCAUUACAAUCGUCAAGGCAUGAGAUACACAAAUCCCCAUCGUGAAGUAGCAACUGACAUUGAGAUCCAACCUUCUCACAGUUAUGAAAUCAAGCCCAUGGAAGAGACAUAUCACAAUGCACCACGUUCGCAAUAUAUCAAACAAAUGCAUGGUUACACCGAAGAUAAUGUCCCAAUUAUUGUCUUGAAGAUUCCCGGACCCACAAAAUACGCAGCCCAUCUUCAAGCUUUGUUACAGCAAUAUUUAGAACUUCGUGCUGCCCAAUACAUCCGUGCUUUCGAAGAACAAGAAGCAGCUCAUUAUCAAACAGGAUAUGAUUAUGGUUAUGCUCCUUCUGCUCCCGUAGCUCCAAUUGCUCCCGUGGCUCCAAUUGCUCCCGUCAAACCUGCUCCCUAUCCAGCUCAACCCAUUCAACCCGUUUAUUAUCAACCAAUGGUUCAAGUUGCUCCCAAUCUCUACACUCCUGUACCGGCUCAUCAUCAAGCACAUUCACAACAAUACUAUGCUGCUCCUCAGUCAUAUACUCCCAGCAGUUAUUACUACAACCAUCCAAGUGCUGCUCCUUAUCACAAUCAUCCCACACAUGCCCAUGUUGCCCAGCCACAAGUUGAAUACUCACCGAAAUAUGUCGAAUCAACUGUCGCUCCUCCUCCCGUAGCAGCAGUUAAGGAGUAUUACACUCCUGAUAUCACUUAUGCUCAAUACGAUGACAGUUACCAACCACAACCUGAACACGAACAUCAUCAAUACAAUACCCAUGAAGAACAAUCAGAAGAUCAUUACGAAGAAUCGUCAGCUACCCCUUUAAAGACUUCCGAAAACUAUCCAAGUGACAAACAUACUCAAGUCAUCUUCAAAGAAGAUAAAAUCCCUUACAACGCUCAUUAUGGCCAUUACAUCCGCAAAGAGGACCAAAUUCAAGUUACUCCAGCCCCAGCUCUUGUUGAAAUCACGCAACGACCACACAACUACCAUGCGCAUCCAGAACCUUCCGAUGGUUCGGAACACCAUGAGCAUCAUUAUGAAACGGCAAAGAGACAAACUGCUCCGUUCUCCGAAGAAAUGUUCCGUAAAUAUAACAAACUGAUACAAAGAAUGAAGAAACAAACGGCAAAGGCGCAACAACAAAAGGCUAAGGAAGAGCAGCAGAAACAAGAGCAAGAAGAGGAAAAAGCUGCCGAAUGA